ACGAGCCUGCAGAGGCCUACGAAAACGCUCCUUACCCUUGGAACCCGCGUUUACGACGAACUCACGACCAGUUACGGCUUUCUAUAACCCUCUGUCGUUUCCUCAUUCUUCGGAAAGAAUCGGGGAUGACCGUGAGGGGCUCGGCACCCGUCUCGGCAUCAAAGCUUGUCGCGCUCAUUCACUGGACCACCCAGGAAAGCCCACAAGGGCAAUGCCAACGAUUACCGCUCUUCCCACCGCGUCAAUACACCAGAUUACCUCAAACCAAGUCGUUACCUCCCUCGAGACAGCCGUGAAAGAACUUGUAGAGAACAGUCUCGAUGCUGGAGCAGGAAGUAUAGAGGUCAAGUUCAAAAAUUAUGGAAUCAAGAGUGUGGAGGUUAUCGAUAAUGGAUCCGGAGUGGCAGAGGAUGACUGGGAGAGUAUUGGUCUAAAGCACCACACCUCAAAACUUUCUUCGUUUGAUGAGCUUUCAACUGUAUCAUCAUUUGGUUUUCGUGGAGAGGCCGUGUCAUCCUUGUGUGCGAUGUGUGAGAGUGUGACCGUAACGACGCGUGCGGACGAUCCUAUAGGCGUCAUCCUUGACCUUGAUAAGACUGGAAAAAUCAAAUCAAAGAAAAGGGCUGCGAGGCAGCGCGGAACGACAAUAACACUUCUCAAUCUCUUUGCCCCACUACCAGUUCGGCGAAAGGAAUUCGAGCGAAACGCCAAACGAGAAUACGGUAAAGCGUUAUCCCUCCUCCAGGCAUACGCAUUAGUUCCGUGCGCAAAGCAGAAUGGCGUCAGACUUCUCGUCAGUAACCAAAUAGAUAAAGGACAGAAGUCUACUCCCAUUCAAACUCAAGGCUUACCAUCGUUACGAGCGUCUGUGAUUGCUCUCUGGGGCAGCAAGUCUCUUGACGGUGUACAAGACUUAGACGUGUCAUAUUCAAUUCCCCGCGUUCAGAUUCGCAGACAUGGAAAAACAAAGGAAACUGAUUCAAGGACGAGCGAGGUCGAAGUCCACAUUCGUGGUCUAAUCUCAGCCCCUGGGUGUGGCAGGAGUAGCACUGACAGGCAGUUCCUCUAUGUCAAUGGACGUCCCUGUGGAUUGGCCAAAAUGCAGAAAACGAUCAAUGAAGUUUAUCGCUCAUUUACCCCCAAUCAUAAUACCGCCUCCCAGGCUCCUUUUGUUGUGGCUGAUUUCGAGAUACCCACUGAUACCUAUGACGUGAAUGUGACCCCUGAUAAGAGAACACUCUUCCUGCAUAAUGAAGUCGCUAUAUUGGAAGGCCUGAAGUCAAAGCUACAAACAUUCUUCACAUCUGGAAGUUCUACGUACGAGGUCGGGAGCUCACAACAAAUUCGAUCUAACACCGGAUCAUUAGCGCAGAGAGGCAACUCGCAACGGCAUGAGUCUAUUGCGGAAAUGCAGGGCCUAUUGAGCACCAAAAAGCGAGGGAGGACGAUAUCACUAGAGGAUACCGAAAUCGAGAGACGCAGGACAAGGUCACGAACGGUAACUUCUGAACAGGGUUUCUCACCAGAUGUCGGCAUCAGCGAAACAACAUCUUCAGUUCUUAGCUCAAGUUCUCAUUCUCAGCCUCCUACCUUCUCAGCUAUGAAUGAGAUGAAUGCGGAUAGCGAGGUGGAAUGCCAGAGUAUACUCUCGUUGACUGACGUGGAAACUUCUCCAUCCGGAUGUCCCUCUUCUGUUUCCAGGCCCUCGUCGACCGAAAUUGCACCUCCGCAAAGAAUCAUUUUGGAUGUCGAACCAUCCUCAGCGCCUUCCUCGAAAAGUGUACCAUACCUGGCGGUGCCGUCGGUCACAAGUCGGAAAGGCCAAGACAAAGAGGUGGUCAUAAACACGUUGUUCGCAUCAUGGGCCCGAGGGGCUGGUAAAAUUUCAGAGAACACUGACGAUCAACCUGGAUCGGUAAAGAGCGUUCCCUCCGCAUCAUUGACCACCGAUCAAAAUAAGCUCAAAACAAAGGCGGUCGAGGCCAAGAAGGAGGAAGAAAAGAAGAGCAAACAGGCUAUGUUGACCUUCCGAAGCAUGCUUGUCGGAUUUGCUCGAAGCGGAAGCGUAGUAACACAAGCCACGGAGGAGGUUGAAGAAGACGCAGUGGAUGAUUCCGAGGACAAUGUUAAAGCUACAGAUGCGGGUCAAGGCGAUGAGGGUGAUGUUACACCAAUUGCACGGGUAAAAGACAUUGGCGAGACGACGAAUGAUAUAAUGACUACAAGUGACUCUCAAGCCAUCGAUCUCGUCUCUGACGAUGAGGAUAUAGCUCCGAUGGAAGUGAUGACCCCUUCAUCUUCACAGGAGUCCCGGCCCAUCUCCCGCCCGGAAGUUGUUCGAACAUCACAAGAUGGAGAGGGUGAUAUGGGACUUCGAUUUGACCUUUCUGGUGUAGCCGAGCGAUGGAAAGCGGCCUCGAACUGCUCUCGUGAUUCGAUAUCUUCCUUAACGAAGAAAGGUGAGUUCGACAACAACGAUGAGGCCGCUCUAUCCCGCGUCAUAUCCAAGUCCGACUUUUCCGAAAUGGACAUAGUGGGGCAGUUUAAUCUCGGAUUCAUUGUGACCCGGAGACGGAAGGGUGAAGAUGGGAUGGAUGACCUUUUCAUCGUGGAUCAGCAUGCUGCUGAUGAAAAAUACAACUUCGAAACGCUUCAAGAGACGACGAAAAUUAGAUCGCAGAAGUUGUUUAGGCCUCAACCGCUAGAGCUCACAGCGGCCGAUGAACUUCUCGCGUUAGAGCAUCUGGACAUACUAAAGCAAAAUGGGUUCGAGGUCGAGGGAGGCGACCAAUAUGAAAACGUAGAAGACGUAGGGGGUGACUCAAAACUUCGUCUGAUAGCGCAACCUGUGAGCAAGAGCACCGUUUUCAAUAUGAAAGACCUCGAAGAACUUAUUCACCUCAUGCAUGAUCGUCCUUCAGGGACGAUGGUCCGCUGCUCUAAGGCACGAGCAAUAUUUGCUAUGCGAGCUUGUCGCAAGAGUGUUAUGGUCGGGAUGCCUCUCACGAAAGGCCAGAUGACGACUAUCAUACACCACAUGGGCACGAUGGAUCAACCGUGGAAUUGUCCUCACGGACGACCUACGAUGCGGCAUCUGUGUGACUUGGCACCGAAUGUCCAUGAGCAGGCAAGGCGAGACUCCGGAAGGAAGAUUAAUUGGUCUACUCUCGUACCAUAAUAUUCGUUCCUUUUGCUUCAUAUUCUUUUAUACACGUACUAAUAGAGUCAGUUCCUGGUUAGUUUUUGUAACUUCCCACUUCACUAGAUUGCCCAGUUGUAUUUACCGAAGCGUUUGACACAUGACAUCAUUCAUCAGGCCAUCAGGGCCUUUAUAAAGCAGUUUUUUUUCCAACUCGCUUCUUUUCCCAACGCAC